GUUUAUUGAUUGAUAUUUUUGCUUGUGCAGUGGGCCUUAAAGUGCUCUUAAAAUCGUAUGACAUCAAAUAACUUUCACUCAUUCGCGCGUUUCGCACACUCAGCGUUGAUCGUCGCAGACCUGUAGACGGCAACUAACAACACAAUACAAGUAUAUACGCUCACACAGCGGACUGCGCACAACAUUCAGAUAAAUACAACCUUCGGCCGUAUUAUUAUCGCCUUGCGAUCCAGCUGCAUAGAUAUCUCGAGUUACUUUCUGAUUAAGUACUCGUAGAAAAUAGACUUCCAACUGUUUUCUUUAUGAACGCUAACCACAAACUAAGAACCACAGCACUUUUAUUUAUCUAUAACUUCUGACGUGUCGCACCAACUUGGAUGACCAGAGCCUUUAGCAUCACCGCAUCGAAAUUAGUUAACAUCCAAUCCAAUGUUUAACGUUCUGCCUUAAUGGAUUUUUCAGCGCCCAAUUAACGUCAUGUCAGUCUACAGCUACCAUUUACUGAUCACAAUAGUGCUCAUCUUUAUCACAAUAACCUUAAUACAAUUUUGGUUGCAACGCCGUUACAGUUAUUGGCAUCGUCUCAAAAUACCAUAUCUCGAGCCUACACCUUUUUUGGGAAAUUUAAAAUCACUACUGUUGUUACGUACUUCUUUCGGUGACUAUUUUCGCGGACUCUACGAAGCGUCAACUUUUCAAUCAGCACCAUUUUUUGGUUUCUAUAUACUACAAACGCCCGCUCUACUUAUACGUGAACCGCAAUUGAUCGAACAGUUACUCACGAAACAAUUCAUUAAUUUUCCCAAUCGUUAUGAGGCUGCUGAUCUACAUAGUGAUCCCAUGGGCGCUUUAACGCUGCCUUUGGCCAAAUAUACGAUAUGGCGUAAGAGUCGACGGGAGAUUUCGAAACUUUUCACUAGUGGUCAUAUCAAAAGGUUAAUGUAUCCAAAACUUAUUACCUGUGGCGAACUAUUAGAAGGAUAUAUCACACGUAAGAUAAAGCAGGAAGUGUCCCAACAUAGAUUUGGCGUCGGUGCGGUCAUUGAGGUCAAAGAAAUGUGCGCCCUCUACACAACAGACGUCACAGCGGCGCUAUUGUAUAGCAUCGACACGGCAGGCCUACGAAAUGAUGGCUGCGAGAUGCGCACGCAGUGUAAAGAUCUAUUCCAAAUCAGUCUGCGUAAGAUUAUCGAUUUCUUUGCAAUAUUCUUUCUACCGAAAUCAGUGCGUUUGCUUAAAGCAAAACUUUUCACAUACAAAUACGCCAACUACUUACGGUGUUUGGUGAAGGAACGUUUGAAAGUGAGUGAGCGCACGCCUAAUAACGGUGAUCUUAUCAACUUGUUAUUGAACAUGCAACAGCAUUUGAAUGACUCAGAACCUUACAGCGCUUGGCUGCGUCAUCCGGACUUUAUCGCUGCGCAAGUCGGUAUUUUUCUAUUAGCGGGCUUUGAGACGUCCUCUUCACUGAUUGCGCUCAUAUUAUACGAAUUGGCAAAGCAGCCGGCAAUUCAGCGAAAAUUAAAAACCGAAAUUUCAACUUAUUUUCGAGAUCCACCCAAUGGCAGUGUAAGUUACAAACAGUUAUUGCAUAUGCCUUACAUGCAUAUGGUGGUCGCCGAAGGAUUACGUCUCUAUCCAACAGCACCCUUUAUUAAUCGUGAGUGUUUGCCGAAUGGCGAGCAGCACACGUUAUGGUAUGAGCAGGGGAAGAAGUAUUUGAGCAUACCCAGAGGUGUGCCGGCAUAUAUUUCCAUUUUGGGCUUACAUAGUGAUCCAAAGUUCUGGCCCAAACCACAGCUUUACGAUCCACAAAGAUUUUCCCAAAAUAAACUACACACCAUUAAACCAAUGACUUAUUUACCAUUCGGCGCCGGACCACAUGGUUGUAUUGGCAGUCGACUUGGCAUGCUACAAGUCAAGGUCGGUUUACUGUAUAUCUUAAAGCGGCAUCGUGUAGAAAUAUGUCAGAAAACGACGAAAGAAAUUCGAUUUGAUCCAAAAAGAUUUAUGCUGGAAGUUAAAGGUGGACUAUACUUGAGGUUUGUUCAAGAAGAAUAAAUAAAACAGCAAACAAUUUUUUUUUAAUAUUUUAAGACUAAGUAAAUUUCAAAGGCUUGCUGAUGGGAUUGACACCCAUUGACCAGUAUUUAGUUAAACUCAUAAAAUAUAAUCGAAAUAUGGCAUUUAGGAGUGAUUUUAAUUGUAUAUAUUUUCGGUAUUUCACAAAUAAAUAAAUCACAAAAUGGCUUUGCUUCAAGUA